AUGCUUCCUUCAGCGGGCGCGUCGCAGGCGCUGCUGCUCCGCCCGAAGCCCUGCGCUGACGCCCCAGGACGAGCACGGACGGGCGACGAACAAAACGGGGUGGACUGCGCGGGCAUCCGCGCGCAAGCUUCCCGCGUGAGCGCCCUCUUCUCCACGCAGUGUGCCGCGCUGUGGCGGCCCGCGUGGGCCAGCGUGUGCGGCCGCGUGAGGUCGCCAUGCCGUCGUGCGGAAGGCCCCUCUCGAUUUGUCGCCCAGGUGAGAGAUGGCGGCGCUGCAGAUGAUGCCUUCCGCGUGCCAGCAGAUGCGGUGGGCCAGCGGCGACAAUCGAUCCCAGGUCAUGUUGUGUCCCCCUCCGAUGCGCCCGCCCUGUGCCAGGGCAGGCGCUUCGGCGGCCGGCAAGCCUCCCUGGGUGCUUCCCGCCGUGCUGUAUGA